CGGGAUGCGAUGGGAGGGAGGAGCAGCAGAAGGGCUGCAGUAGUUUAAAUUAAUGUCAACUUGCGUACUCGCCGGGAGAACGAGCAGCACACAUAGCGAAAGUACGUGCUCAGCGCAACCUGCGAGCCGCUCUAUACACUUCAGCAUGACUCGGCGGCCAAGAAACAGUGUUUACAGUAGCGAGGAGGAUGAGGAGGAAACCGAGAUGUAUGAGCAUGAUUAUGACGGAUCACUCACCAAGACAGGGAAACGCCACCUUGGCAAGACACGCUGGACACGAGAAGAGGAUGAGAAGUUGAAGAAACUUGUUGAGGUCCAUGGAUCAGAAGACUGGAAAGUUAUUGCAAGCUUAUUAACGAAUCGCACAGAUGUGCAGUGUCAGCACAGAUGGCAAAAGGUGCUGAAUCCAGAACUUAUCAAAGGGCCCUGGACCAAAGAGGAGGACCAGAGGGUGAUUGAGCUGGUCCAGAAGUAUGGAGCCAAGCGUUGGUCCGUUAUCGCCAAGCACCUUAAGGGACGGAUCGGGAAGCAGUGCCGCGAGCGCUGGCACAACCACCUGAACCCAGAGGUGAAGAAGACAUCAUGGACUGAGGAGGAGGACAGAAUCAUCUACCAGGCGCACGAGAAACUGGGAAACCGCUGGGCUGAAAUCGCCAAGUUGCUCCCUGGCAGGACUGACAAUGCUAUAAAGAACCACUGGAACUCCACCAUGAGGCGAAAGGUGGAACAGGAGGGCUACCUUCAGAACACGUCUAAGACCGGCAACUCUUCGCUCUACGUCAAGACCUCCAAUCACAUUAUGGGUUUCCCUCAUAAUUCACCAAAUCACACGCAACUGUCUCCUCUGACGCCACUCAACUACAACUACAUCACUGAACCACACAGAGUGCCUUUGCCCAUGUCCUUGCAUUUGAACCUUCUGAACAUUCCCCAACACGGAACUGCUGCUAUACAGAGACACUAUGGUGAGGAGGACCCUGAGAAGGAACAGAGGGUGAAAGAGAUCGAACUGCUGCUCAUGUCAACAGAAAAUGAGCUGAGAGGCCAGCCAUCACUACCAAUGACUUUGCCAUAUCCGAGCUGGGCCAGCCAUAGCCACCUGACUAGCAGCCCAGAGGGUGUAGCCAUGCCAUUACCUCAUCACCAGACGGCUGCGCCCGCUCUGCCUCUGGACCAGAGCUGUCUACCUGAGGAGAGUGCUUCUGCAACACGGUCACACAGCACCAGCAGCAACAAUAACAACAAUAACAACGGCAACAGUCAUCACAGCAGCUCCUCGUUCUCACAUACUAUCCCAGAGUUCAUGGAAUCUGUCAUUGAUUCAUUUCUUAUUCAGUCAAUGAGCCCAGAACAUUCAGACAAUGACAGUUUACCUAUGAGCUCCCCUGUGGACACCAAGCCUCUGAUUGACCACCCUGUCCGGCCUCAGAAAGAGAAUGAAAUGUUCAGAACCCCAAACAUUCGUCGCUCUAUCAUGGAGUCAUCACCACGCACACCAACACCUUUCAGGUCAGCCCUGGUCCUACAGGAAGCCAAGUAUGGACCACUCAAAUUACUGAAUUCCCCUAUGGAGCAGCAGAUGGUGGAGUCCAUCAAACAGGAACCAAUGGAGUGCGCUAUUGAACAUCCUCCUCUGAAAAAGAUAAAACAAGAGGUAGAGUCACCAUGUGAGAGGAGCCCAUGUAUGCAAUGGGAAGGACAGGACCUUCACACUCAGCUCUUCUCCCCCAACGGCCCUGCACAGGAAGUACCUGACUUACUCACAAGCUCAAUACUGAGUGAAGAUGGACACAAAGCUUAUGCAUCUCGCAGAGGCAUGGGGAGCCCACUACAGCUCAGUUCCUGGGAGCAAGUGACCUGCGGGAAAACAGAGGAGCACGUUUUGGCCUCAGAGCAGAGCCACAAGUACAUCAACACUUACCCUACGAGGACACUGGUCAUGUAGACACAUGGACACAUGUUGAUCUGGAAACAUCAACAUUGCCUUUGCUGGACUGCUUUCAUAUUUGUUGUGGUACAACAGUUGGGAGAGGCUCUAUGCCACUGGGGGUUUUACACUCACACUUGUUGGAUUUCAACCAACCAAAGACUAUAAUUGUUUCGUUUUUAUAAGUUUAAAAUUUUAUUUGCUUUGGGUUUUUAUACAUGUUUUUCCCGUCACAUUUAUUCUUGUUGUAUUAUUAUCAAUAUUGUAUUAUAAAUGGGACAUGGUGGAUUUUUAAUUUACAUUGGGCUGUAUUAUUAAUCCUGAAUUUUGAUAUUAAUAUAAAGAACAAUUAGAUUAAUUUAUUCCUUUUCUUUAGAUGAUGACUUUAUUGUUGUUUAUUUUACAAUUGGCCAGUGGAGCAGUGUUGUAAGAUAAGUAUUUAAGCCCUUUUAGCAUUAUGAUAUAUCGAACAGAUAUUAAUUCAAAACUGACCUCUUUUAAUUAAUGCAAAUGGGUCUACUGAGAAUUUCAAGUGUUUGGUCCAUUCCACCUCACGUAAACACUUAACUUGAGAACAGGAACAGCAGUGUUUACUCCUGCACUCUUACAUUCAACUAUGAAUUAUGACAUUUUACAAGUGGCGAGCCAUAUUAGUAUUAGCUGCUUACCACACUGGCACCUUCAUUUCAUACAAAUUCAGCAUACAGCUUUUAUGUGGCCUUGACAUUAUCAGGUAUGGUGAAAAAUUCAAUGAACAAACACCUACAGUCAACUAUAGUUAAACAUUUAAGAAUUUCAAAUGUGCUUACAUGUUUAAGGUUGAGAGCUUUCACCCAGUAAGAGUAAGACCAAGAUGCACUUGGACAAAAUAGUCUCCAUAAAAGUGAGUACUAAACACUGAGUUGUUAUUAUGCUACAAACAAAAGCCCAAUGAAACUUUUGUAUGGUUGUUUUUUUAAAACAUUUCUUUGAAUAGUUUUGUAUUGUUUUAUGUCACAUACUCAGUCAUCAUUGUCAUACUGCUGUAGCCAAGGACACAACACUUAGCAGGCAACCUUUUUUACGUGUCGAUGCCUUGUUUUGAUACUAGCUUUUGAGCAACAAUAAGUUUAUAAAAGCAUUUGUACAUGCUCAGUUUUCACGUUUUUAUACUUUUCUAAACUGCUUAUAAUAAAGUGUGCUGUUAUAUUA